GUUCCCUCCGGAUUAUAAAACCGGGGGUACGGGCGGUUUACUUCAAAACAUGGCGUCCAGAAGAGUGUCUUCAGCGCCAAGUAGUUUUAAGAACACUUCUGCCGAUGCUAAAAGCGUGAGUAACGGAGUUAAGGCCAACAGCAAUGGAGCUGCGAGGAAAGCUGUAAGACCGGGUGGGACUAUUGUCAAGUCUCGAUAUUUACAAUCUGCUGAGAAGGCUUCCCUCUCAAAGAGUAACUCAUUGACCAAUGAGUCGACUGCUUUGCCCCAACGGCCAUCCUCGCCCAAACCCACUUCUGUCAAGUCAAAGGUCGGCACUCCUACAAAAUGCACAACGAUCCCACAGGCACUGGGAGAAUCAACAUCGUCACGUGACACGGAUCCAUCCUUCCUCAGGAGAAGUAUCCUGCAGUCCACUUUUACAGAUGGUCACUGCUUUCGGCCAGAUUUUGAUAUUUCAGUCAUUAAAGAUAAAACUGUGAUUGAGAAUGCAAAGGAGCCUGAGAGACAUCCAGAAAAUGAGAAGAGGAUUGUUGAAAUGCAAACAUUCCUACUAACCUAUCUUACAGCUAAGAUGGAGAGUAAUACUGCAAAGUUCAAAGCUGAGGCAGAGGCAAAACUCCUUCAAAGGAUGAAAGAAGAACAGAGACUGCAUAGUACAGUUAAGGAGAAGAAGUGCCAAUAUCUUCUGAUGGAGAAGAAGAAACAGCUGAAUGAGCUUCUGGACCAUCAGAUUGAUAUGCUGACACCGGUGGCUGAGGCAGCCAACCAGUUCACAAAGGACUACAACUGCUUUGCUUCAGCUGUUGACACCACUCGUCAUGAGCUGCCCGUCAAGAAUUUCUAUAUAAAUGGGGAUGGAAGAGAAUUUCUAGAAAAAGCUGAGGCUUGCUUGAAAGAAACUGAGACGCUUUUGCAGGAGUGCACACAUGGAGAUCAUGUGGGCAACAGCACAUCUCUGGAAUGCCUCAGAGAAAUGAAAACAAAAUCAAAGGAAAUCAGUCAGCAGCUUUCAGGAACAUGUUCAGAGCUUUUGGAGCUGUCAUCAUUGGUCUGCCGUCAUUCAGUCCAGGCUCAGCAAGGCAUCGAGGAAGAGCAACUUGGGAGUGCAAGAACCCUCCAGCUAUUCUUCCCCAAACAGUGAAGCAUAUAAUGGGAUACUUCAUGCACUUUGGAUAAAACCCUUAAUCCCUGUAUUAUUUUCCCCAAUAUAAAUGUUUAAGUACCUUUUUUUUUGUCCUUUUUUAAUUUGUAGUUGUCUAAUUUUGCUGCAAUUGUUUUAAAUUUUCUUGUUGAAUACUUACACAAGCAUAUUUUGUGUGUUUUGUAAACUGUAAACCUGUAUUAAAAACCUGUUUUGAUGAA